AUGCUCAAACAAGGUCUAUACCAUCUCCUGGCUUCCCAGCUAUUUGGUGCAUUGGUCCUGGCGAACGGUCGUGUGUCUAUCGAUCAGGCAGAGGGAUAUGGCAGUCAGCGAGAGUGUUCUCAGAACUUGUGUUUCGAGGGCUCACUCGGUAGCAACCGGAUUGGCUCCGAGCUAGGCUGUCAUCCUCCCCUUAUGGAUGACUGUUUCUGUCGCCUGGACUUGCAGGCAUCAGCUACGUCUUUCUUGUCAUCGUGUGUGAACAAAUACUGCGAGAGUAAUACCAUAGACCUAACUCAUGCUAUCAAUAUCUACACGGGAUACUGUGCCAAUGCCGGAUACCCAAGCGGUGGCGCAACCCCAUCUUCAAGCUCAUCCAGACAGACAACGACCGAAAGUAUUGUGUUUAUAUAUCUGAAUUUGCAUAUUCUUCCCCCGAUCCGUUUCAAGUCCCGAGUAACUGAUUGUUAUACUAUCAGAAACCCCAACACAGACCCACACUGUGCCAGUUCGCUCCUCUUCAUGGGAGACACAACCAUCCACCGGCACCACAUAAACCCACCUGCAAAAGACGAAGAUAAACUACGAAGCGGAGAUAUUGCAGGCAUCGUUGUCGGUAUACUCGGCUUCCUCGCAACGGUUGCCGGGGUGUAUUUCUCUUAUAGGAUGCUUAAAAACAAGAAACAGCGCCAGGCAAUGUCCCCAGAAGUGGCUUAUGUCUAUUGA